AUAAAAUUGAUAGCAUAGCGACAAACAAUAAAAUAAUGAGGAUAUUGGAUUUAUUUGUUCUAACGUCAGGUGUACUGGAAUGUAUGUAUCGCUGUGUUAGAUCGACAACCUAAUAUUUAUUUAUUCGGAACAGUACAUCUGGUUCAACUAGCGAUUGCAUCUCACCUGUUGCAGGCAGUUAAACAUAAAGUCAUACCUUCGUAAUGACAAUGUGUCUAUGUGGUGGGAUGCGGUUAAAAGGAUUCAAACGAAAAGCUUCUAUAAUUCUGUUUGAACAUAAGAGAACAGUUAUCGCUUGAAAAUAUUCGAAACAGAAGUAAGAACGUUUUUAUGUUGAAUGACAAGGAGAGGAUAUUUAUUUUAGAGAAGUUGGAAAGAAUAUUGUGUUAUGAUAAGUUGAAACGCUAUAUCAUGAUUUAAUAGUUGAACAGUGUUUAUGUUCAUUUUAGUUUUGGUUAUAAUAUCAAAUUUCGCUUUAUCGUUACAUUAUUACGUACAAAGGAAGCAUGGAUAUCAUGUAACAUAGAUCUGGGCCAUGGAGUCACAUUACAAAAUAUAAAAUGAAUACAUUAAUGUGUUUUUCGACCGAGAGCAGGAAAUGCUUUCAAACUUCAGUAAAGUGUAUUGGUGAUAAUUGCGCAUUAAGGCGAUGACAUUUAAUGGUGACCGCCGGGACGUUUUACGACCUGAUAUUGCAUAAAUACACCAAGCGAUGUGUGUAUGAUCAUACAGCAAAUGCUUGGACAAUAAAUAUUGGUUGUGUGAACGCCACCGUAAGGCAGAUCGCUUCAUCGAGGGAAACUUUAUGUCUGAUCAUUAAGUCAGGGAGCAGUUUGAGUGACAAGGCGUUGAACAAGUGGAUAAGAAAAUAUUCAUGAGUAACAUAUGUAAGAUAUAAGACAAAUGCUACUAAGAAAAGCAGGAUUAACAAGUUAACUGACCGCACUUUGUGGACAAAGUUUCUACCAGAUAUUAUAUGAUAUGGAUACUUUUAUGUGCGCCUUCCUUGGAAAAUAGUACAGUUACAAAAUGUUCUUUGCUGUUUACUCAGGGAUAACAUCGAUUCCUAUUAUUGUGGCUAUCUUUGGAACUAUAAUUGUUAGUGGUUUCAUUUACGUAAGUUCUUUCUUGAAACCGUCUUCAACUAUUCCAAAACUGUACUUUAAAGAAUCGGCUUUGGCAUCCCACCUUCUAAAGCGAUGCAGACUUAUGAACCGCAAAUUCGAUCCACCGUGGUAUUUAAGGAACGAGCAUGUGCAAACGAUAGUGUCGUAUUUAAUUCCAAAAAUCUCGAAGGAGUUCGACAGAGAAUAUUUGCAGAUCAAAGACCGGGGUGUUGUUGCGCUUGACUGGGCUUUGCAUGUUUCAGUCUACAAAAGAAAGCGGUGUACAGUGUUGAUUAUACUUCCUGGAUUAACAGCGAGCGCAUACGAUGUCUCAAAUAUGUGUAGCCUAGCUGCCCAUAAAGGUUUCAGACCAGUGGUGUUUAAUCCAAGAGGGUUUGGAAACUCGGUGCUAACAACAGCAAAGAUUUUAAGUACCGGUGAUCCGUACGAUAUGCGUGAAGUAGUGAAAUAUAUCCAUGGUCGUUUUCCUAAAGCUUUGGUUUCAAUGGUUGGAUAUGGAACAGGAUGUUCUAUUAUGCUGUCUUAUCUCGGUGAAUUCGGGUCAUCGGCAAAUAUUUGUGCUUCAGCCUGUAUAUCAGCGUGCUUUGAUAGCCCAGAGAGGAUCUCUAAAGGCAUUCAGGGAAUUUACGAUAUAUUUUACAUGUUGAAAUUAAAGUUCAUUUUAAAUGCUCAUUCAAAAACAUUUUCAAAGAUUGUUAAUUUUCAUGAACUCCUUAAUUGUUGGUCUUACAAACGCUUUGAAGAAAUUUUAUAUUCCAAACUGUACAAUAUCUCGAGCGUAGAUGAUUUUAUAGAGCGCAAUAAUCCCCUCAGGGACGCAGACGAAAUCGCCGUUCCCUUACUGUUUAUAAACAGUCUAGACGAUCCAUUUUAUUCUAAAAUGAAAAUUCCAUAUGAACUUUGCAAGUACUAUCCUCAUAUCCUAAUGGUGUCUACAAAUAAGGGCGGCCAUUGUGGAUUUAUUGAUAAACUGUGGGAUGUAAGCUGGGCAGAAACAUUGGCCCUGGAUUAUUUAGAUUCAGUUUUAGAUUUCACAAACAAAGGCCAUAGGAUUAAUUACGGUAAACGGACUGCAAGAUCAACAAUUUGAUACCUAUGUCAAGGAAACAAGAAUAAAUGAUAAAUGUAC